AUGCAGUUUUAUGCCAAAUUCAAUUAUUCAACAUCAACGUUAACGUUAAAGGUUAAACUUGCCAACCUUCUAUUGUUUCGUGAUACAACACAUGCAGUCAACAAAGCACAGAAUUAUAAAUAUAGUACAGACAAUAAAUCCGAAAAAGUAAAUAAAUUAAUGUAUAUCUGUAUAUGUAGUUCUCCAAACACUCCAACCUCUGCUCCCAUAUACUUGUCCCCAUCCAAUUUAUCCCCGUUCCCAUUAUCCCCGUUCCCAUUUUCCCCCAGCUCGACCGGCAACUCUGACUCGUAUCCAUCAUACGCAUCAACUGACUUAUGUCAAAGCUGUAAAUCACCAUUAACGGCUCCAUACUACUGCCAAAAAUGCACCGCGGAAUGUUUCAAGAACCAAUUUUCGAAAUGGACAAGCGGUGAUGCAGAAAUCGAUGCGAUAAUUCAAGAGUCACAAGUGACCGCGACCAAUCGUGAAGAAUUGAUUGAGUGGAUUUCGUUUGAUCGAUUUGGUGAGGUGACAUAUGUUGCGCAGGGUGGGUUCGGGAAAGUGUAUUCGGCUGUUUGGAUUGAUGGGCCAAUUGUUUAUUGGGAUAAAGAGCGUGGUGAGUGGUUGAGACGACAACAGUAUAAGGUUGCUUUGAAGGUGUUGAAAAAUGAGGAAAAUGGUUUUGUUGGGAGUUUUUUGCAUGAGUUUCAAGCUCAAAGAAAUGCGAAUAAAUCCAGUCAUGAUUCAUAUGUAAUAUGGUUUAUGGGCAUCACAAAAGAUCCAUCCACUCAAACUUACAUAUUAGUAAUGCCAUUCGCUCAAUACGGCGACCUACGAACCUUUAUUCGCAGCAACUAUGCAACAUUCACUUGGACACAACGUCUCAAGAUCGUCUAUUACAUCUCAGAAGGCCUAAGCAACAUCCACGACGCCGGAAUAAUUCACAAAGACUUUCACACCGGGAACAUUCUUCAACUCUCCACGCAUCAUUCAUAUAUCGGUGAUUUUGGUCUAUCCGAACCGGCCGAUGCUCCGUAUUUUAUGCUCGUGGAAGGGGAACGAGCUAAAGAGGGCCAAGAGCAAUUAAAUCAGCUGCCGUCAUCCUCAAAUGUUAUUGAUUUCGUACACCCGAAAGCGUGUUAUUCGAGUCGACUGCUUUCCACGCUAGAGUUUUCAUCGAAAAAUGAAGACGAAGAUCAGGAUUUCACAAUAGAAAGCCGCGAAAACGACAACUUGAUAAAUUGGAAUGAAAAAGUUUCAGAACAAACAAAUGCACUAGAUUACACAAAUUCAGAGCACGAACAGCACAGUAGUAGUUUGUCAAUACGGAGCAGUACUUCGAUAUUCUCUUCUGGUAACAUUAAUAGUAAUAAUAGCACUAACUUGACGCAAAUCGGUUCUCUGUCCUUGUUGGAGCAUUAUGAGAGUAGUAACAAUAGUGUUUCAUCGUCAAAGAAUAAUUCGAACGCCUCGUCUCGGAAGUCUUCUAUGGAUAUUACUUUGAGACGUGAGCGAGGAGAAGUAAUACGGUUAGAACAAAUUGCUGAAUCUCCAGUAAUGGAAAAUUCCGUCAAAUCACAGGCUAUAAAUGCUAGUGAUCAAUCGACUGGAAUUACAUCCGAAUUCACUGCAUUUGAAAUAGUAAACACGUCAAGGAAUUUUUCGACACAGUUCCGUGAUCCCGAAGAUUCAGAAGAAAAUUUCGAACAAGAUUCUGACAAUAAUCAAGAAGAUGAAGACAAAAGCUUUUUCAAAGAUUCAUUCGGUUCUAACGACAAACUCUAUACACCGAUCCUGCCACCUGGUGUUCGCGAAUCCCAACACACAGGAUUGACGCCAGACAUCCAAUUAGUAUUUGGCAGUAGGCUCUUUUCUGAGACUAAAGAAACCUCCGAUUUUACUGCUGGCUCGCUAUUUGAUUUCGAAUUAAUGUCACCUCCGCCGAGCGACAUGUUUAGCAGAGACAAUUCUGGUGGUUUUACGAAUUUGUUUGGAGAAUAUGAUGAUGAAGAAAGUGAUUGCGAAGAGGAAAAUAGGGAGGAAGAUGGCGGAGGAGGAGGGAUACCAAGUAAGGCGAAAGAACGAUGGCGUAAUUUUGAUAUUAGCAUGGAGCAUUUUAGUUCUGGUAGAGCGAAACGGUCACUCGUGGACAGUGAUGGCGAAUCGAAUAAAGUAGAUGAAGAAGUUCAUCCUUCAAGCACGGAAAGUUUCGUUAUUUCUUCACCUGUGAUGGAUGGAAUUGGGCGACCAGAUUCUCGAUACGAGUGA